AAGUUCAUAAGAAAAUUUAUAUAAUAAAAUAAUAUUUAAGUUUGUAUUGUAAUUCAUAACCUAAAUCUUUCAAAACAUAUAAAAUGGCUGACCCACUCAGCUUAUUACGACAAUAUAAUGUAAAUAAAAAAGAAAUAAUCGAACGAGAAGGUCAGAUAAUAUUUGGUGAAUUUUCAUGGCCAAAAAAUGUCAAAACAAAUUAUCUUAUGUACAGUUCGGGGAAAGAUGGGGCCCCAAAAGAAUAUUACACUUUAGAAUGUUUAUUAUUUAUUUUAAAAAAUGUAUCACUGACCCAUCCUGUUUACGUCAGACAAGCAGCUGUUGAAAAUAUACCCGUUGUACGACGUCCUGAUCGUAAAGAACUUUUAGCUUAUUUAAAUGGCGAGACUGCAAGUUGUGCAGCGAUUGAUAAAAGUGCACCCCUUGAAAUACCCACACAAAUUAAACGAUCUGCUGAUGGCGAUGGAAUCGAUAGUUUGGCUAAGAAACCUCGAUUUGAGGAUACACACGUACAGAAAGUUCGUGAACAACUGGCGGCACGUUUGGAUGCUCCAAAAGAAGUUUCUGUCACCGUGGACAAUAUUAAAUCUUUGUCAGAAACAAUGUCACGAGAAAAAAUUGCUGCAAUUAAGGCUAAGCGUUUGGCUAAAAAACGAACGACAAUUAAGGGUAAUGACGAUAUUGGUAUGGGAUCUGAUUUAAGAGUGAUCUUAGAUUUUGACGUGGAUGUCACGAAAGAUAUAAUCAGUAGAGAAAGGCAGUGGCGAACUCGAACUACAAUAUUACAAUCUGCUGGAAAGCACUUCGCGAAGAAUAUAAUGGCGAUAUUACAAGGUAUAAAAGCACGUGAAGAAGGUCGGCAAAGACCACCUCAACCACCAGUAGUUACGCCUAGAGCAACACCAAUUCGUCCCGCUGCACAACCGGCUGUAUACAAUCGUUACGAUCAAGAAAGAUUUAUUAGGCAAAAAGAAGAAACAGAAGGUUUCAAAAUUGAUACUAUGGGAACAUAUCACGGUAUGACGUUAAAAUCAGUAACAGAAGGCCAAGCAAAAGCUCGACCAGCAGUCACACCCACACCUCAAUCAGCACCAUUACCUGUGAGUGCUUCUCGUCCAUCGUCCGGUGUUCCAUCAAAUGCUAAACGUGUAUCACGAACUCCAAUUAUUAUAAUACCAGCGGCUACAACAUCAUUAAUUUCAAUGUACAAUGCAAAAGAUAUACUACAAGAUUUAAAAUUUGUAUCAGCUGAACAAAAGAAGGCAGAAGGAGCACGUAGAGAUAAUGAACUACUGUUACAAAGGUUACGUGGCAAUGUUACUGUACCAUACCGUGUAGUUGAUAAUCCAGCAAAACUUAGUCCAGCCGAUUGGGAUCGAGUGGUAGCUGUGUUCGUCAUGGGCCCUGCAUGGCAAUUCAAAGGGUAUCCGUGGGAACAACCUGUAGAAAUAUUCUCAAAAAUUUGCGCUUUCCAUUUAAAAUACGAUGAAAUGAAAUUAGAUGCGAAUGUUGCAAAAUGGGCUGUGACGGUUAUUGAAUUAUCGCGUACUAAACGACAUUUAGAUCGUGCUUCAAUUAUGAUAUUUUGGGAACAAUUGGAUAAGUUUAUUAUGCAGUACAAACCUCAUCUACGUUUUUAAUAUUGAAAUUCGGUGAAUCAUCAAGAUCAGUCACACUUCUGUAAUAAUUGCAUUA